AUGACCCAACAGGGGAAGGAAGCAGUAGCACCAGAUAUCACAUUAGAUCGGUCUGGUGAGUUUACAGAGAACGAUCAGGACGAGCAUGAGUAUCCGCCAUUAUGGGAGGCGAUAUUGUUAACCGCUACACUGCUUCUCAGCUUUUUCUGUGUCUGUCUGGAUCAAACCAUUCUGGCGACAGCUAUCCCACGAAUCACCGAUGAAUUCCACUCCCUCAACGACAUCGGCUGGUACAGCAGCUCGUUCAUGCUUACAAUGUGCGCGACGAAAAUGCUCUGGGGAAAGUUAUACAUGUUCUAUCCCGCCAAAUGGGUCUUCCUAUCCGGGUUGGCUCUCUUCGAGCUUGGGUCAUUGAUUUGCGGCGUGGCUCCGUCAUCGGUGGCUUUGAUUAUCGGACGAUGUGUGGCGGGUAUAGGGGCUUCUAGUAUUGACUCGGGCGCGAUCGUUAUUGUUCUCUAUAUUGUUCCCUUGCGGAAACGCCCGCUCUUCAUUAGUUGUUUGGGAAGUGUACGGGGCAUCACCAGCGCUGCGGGACCGCCAUUAGGAGGCGCUUUUACAGACCACGCGACAUGGCGGUGGUGCUUCUGGGUCAAUCUGCCCUGCGGAGCAAUCACCUUCAUCGGCAUUCUGAUUUUCCUUUCGCCCAAAACGCCCUCCCUGCGGCAUCUCGACUUCAAGGAGAAGACCAAGCGGAUGGACCCCCUCGGCACCCUGCUCUUCAUCCCCGGCGUGGUGACCUUACUGCUCGCAAUCCAGUGGGGUGGAUCCGACUUCCCGUGGAACAGCUGGCGCAUUAUCCUCUUGUUCGUCCUGUCAGGCGUGCUCCUGCUAGCCUUCUCCGCCGUUCAGGUCUGGUCAAAGGAAGAGAGAGCCACCGUGCCCCUUCGCAUUCUCCGUAACCGCAACAUCAUCGGCGGACUGUGGUACGUGGCAUGUGUGAUGGGCGCGUUGUUCGUUAUGGUAUAUUACCUCCCGAUAUGGUUCCAAUCCAUCAAAAACGUGUCCGCCACACACUCCGGCCUCAUGAUCCUUCCCACCGAGCUGGGAAUGGUCGUCUUCUCGCUCAUCGGCGGCACCCUAGUCACCUUAAUCGGCUACUACACGCCCUUCAUCAUCCUGUCCCCCAUCCUCUUCAGUAUCGGAGCGGGCCUCCUCUCCACUCUGAAACCCACCUCCGGCACAGCCUCCUGGCUCGGCUACCAGGUCAUCAUGGCGGCAGGAGCCGGCCUCGGCACCCAGAACGCCUUCAUGGUGGCGCAGGUUGCCGUAAAGCCACAAGACAGCGUGAUGGCCAUUACAAUGGUAUCAUUCGUGCAGCUUCUCGCAGGAGCCGUGACGCUAGCAGUGUCGGAGACUGUCUUCCACACGCAUCUGUCGUCGGAGUUGAGUAUGCUAGGUGGCCGGUUGUCGAGUGAGAUUGUGAUGCAGGGCGCUAGUGUGCCGUGGGAGAAGGUCCCCAACGAGAUGGUGGAUGUGGUGCUUUGGGGUUAUAAUCAAGCUAUCAUGAAGACGUUUUACAUUGCGGUUGCGCUUGGGGCGAUCGGGUUUUUGGGGGCCGUCGUGCUGGAUUGGAAAUCUGUUAAGAAGGAGGAUAAGAAUAGGGCGGGACUGGAGAGUAGGGAGAGUUUGCAGGAAAUUGGAGGUGACAAUAGACACGAAGAGGAUGAACGAAGGGAUUCUCAAGGAUCAGCUAAGUAG